UGUAUUUUUAUGUGACUGACAGAGGAGUCUGUAACAGAAAAAAAGUCACAUUUGAUCUUGAAGGAUGGAAGAGGAACAUUAGACAACCAAUUUCCUCUUCAUAUCUGAUGUCUGAUGUUGGUGACAGUGCUAUUAAUAUAUCUUUGGGGAGGCCAAUUAGAGAUGUCAUGAUUUGCCAUCGCACGAUUCAUGGCAUGGGAGGACGACAUGAAAUAACUGACCGCUGAGCUGGAGAUGUGCUUCUCAGAUGGGAGGAGUGUUAAUGCUGAGUAGGUGUAUAAUAGGGGCGCAGGUCUUAACAAGCAGAUUAUGUGGAAGUGCAUGAGACGUGAGCCAUGUUUUCAUCAGUGGGGGGUGGACAUGCUGUGUGUUUGUACAUGCUGAUGUGUGUGUAAGUGUCAAGCGCUUUGACUGUUUCUCGUCUUGUUUGACCAGUCCAUGCAGCUUGGCUCACACUCUGAAACUGAGAUUUCUUAUCCACUGCAUCAGUUAGAAAAGCACGUUUACUGCCAUGCCACCUUCAUGAGCACAAGUUCUGCUGUAGCUUGCACUUGCAGGUGUCAGUGAAGCCUUUACCCCGAAGCUGGUGUUGGUUAGUGCAGAUACACCCUGUGGAUAGCCGAACCCAUUUGUAGUCAAAUAAUCACCACAACUGGGGACCAAAAAUGGAGAACAGAACAUCAGGAAUGAGCAAGGGCCUCCAUGUGAACUGCAGUAUGUCUGGAAGACACAGCUUCAUCUUCACCUUCAUCCCUGUUGUCUACGGAUGCAAUUUCAUCAUCGGGAUGAUUGGCAAUAGCAUGGUGGUAGCUGUCAUCUACCGCUACAUGAAGCUGAAGACAGUAGCAAACGUGUUUGUGCUCAAUCUAGCUAUAUCAGACCUCACCUUCCUUAUCACGCUACCUUUGUGGGCCACUUUCACAGCUAUGGGUUACCAUUGGCCGUUUGGCACCUUCCUGUGCAAGGCAAGUGCCGGAUUGGUCAUCUUCAACCUCUACACUAGCAUAUUCUUCCUCACCGCUCUUAGCAUUGACCGAUAUUUUGCGAUCGUACAUCCGGUGCGCUCCAGACGCCAGCGCACACUUUUCUACGCUAACCUGACGUGUGUACUCAUAUGGCUGUUUGCCUUGCUCCUCAGUGCACCUACAGCGUUAAGCCGGGAUGUGUACGACAUUGGGAACUCCACAUUGUGCGCUGUGUGGCACCGCAGUGAGCAGAUUAACUUGCUUGUUACCCUUAGCGUGCUAAAAAGCGUGCUAGGUUUCCUUGUGCCUUUCCUCGUCAUCAUCACCUGCUAUUGUCUGAUCGGUCGGGCACUUCUGGGUUCCAGGGGUCUGUUGAGGAAAAGCAUUCGCUCUCGGGAAGACGAAACUCUACGUAUGAUAGCCGCUACAGUGCUUGCUUUCUUUGUUUGUUGGGCUCCUCACCAAGCUUUCCACUUCAUGGAGCUGCUGGCCACGCUUGGUGUGAUGGAAAACUGCCAAACACUGGAUGUUAUUGACACAGCCAUGCCGUUUUCCAUCUGCAUUUCCUAUUUAAACAGUUGUGUAAACCCCAUUCUUUAUGGCUUUGUUGGACACAAUUUUCGCAAGAACCUACUGAGGUUACUUGGAUGUGGGUCUGGACAAUCUAACAUAAACUAACUUGUUUUAGAUUGCUGAAUGUUUUCUGUUUUGCUGCAUAAUUUCUGAUGUCACAAAAACAUGUAAUAACAUAAAAAGUGUUUUUUUUUUUUAGGUAUAAAAUUUAACUUUUAAAAUACAUGAAUUUCUUUUUCUCUCUUAUAUGUUCAUUACAUGUUUUGAAUUCAUCUACUGCUGUUUGUAUGUUCAGUGUAUGUGUAUAGGACUACUCAA